GCAAGAUUUAGCACGACAGUUUCGUCUGUACCUGUAUAACAACAUCCAUCUUGUAUCCGACUACCUACUGCCAGAAUGUCUUAUGCUUCUGCUGCUGCUAAGGGAGGUCCCCAGCCCCCAGAAGAGGCUCGUGCCCCGGCCCCGCCUGAGAUCGUCAAAACAGAAUCUGUGAGCACCGCUUCUCUCGUCGAUGUCGAUGCACCCUCGGUCCAGUCUGUUCACUCCGACUUUCUCAACCAAGAAGUGAAGACCACCACGCAAGCCGAAAGACUGGAGCGGGAGGCCGAGGAGGCUCUCGCCCGGUCAAAGGCUUCUGCGAGCAAGAAAGGAAAAGCCAAGGCUAAAAGUAUACGCGACAACGCCGAAAACCCCGUUUAUAUUGGAAAUGCCGUUAUUAUUGCUGCCGUCAGUGCAGGGCUUGGAUAUGGUGCUUAUCGCAAGCAUACCGAGGGACGCUUGUCGUGGGAAGUUGCUGGUAUUUGGGCCGGUGCUGUCGGUCUAUUUGCUGGUGUUGACUACUUUGUUAGCAAGUGGCUCAUCCAGAACAAAUACCCCAAGAAAGACUAAAUUGGAGAUAAUGCGCAGUGGGAUUGACCGAAGUCGUGAUCGCUUUGCUUGCUCGUACUUCUCAUGUCUGACUCUUUUGAGCCUUUUUAAAUAUCGGUGUUGGUUGGUAGAAUGUCUCCUCUCUGCUUUUCUACUGGGAAUAGUUAUCGAUUAUACCAUGUUGUAGAUUUAAUAGUGAUUUCCCUUGAGUGAACCUGGUUUUUGCACAUGCUCCUGAAAGAGGCGGAUGAAAUACGUCUUAACAUAAUUUAUUUUAUAAACUCCAGGGAAAUAUUAUAAAUGUCGGAUAUCAAGUUGUCGACAUCUGUUCAGAGCGAGGCCGAAUCUCGGAUUAUCUGAAGGCGGUGAAUGGCGUCACUAUUUUGGCUUUUGAAGAGGUGUCCCUUCGGCCCACCGAGA